CUCUGCACGCCUCCUGUGGACCACCCAAAAGAGUCAGAUUACCGCUGCGCCCAUCGUCACUGCCAAAGUCGUGGGAAGCUGCCUGAAGAAUCGUUCUGCCCCCUGAUGCAUAAGCAACCGCUAGUAGCACACUGUCGGGAGCAGAGCUUGUUGUUGGACAAACGGGUCGCAGCCGUAUCCGCAUGCCGCCAAAGUGCUACGAUUCCGACGUUCUUCAGAAAACGGAUUUUAAAGCAGCCAAGACUGGAGCAACAUAGUGACGAUAACAAGUUAGAGCAGAUUGAGUCAGUCAGUGUAGGGGAUGAAGGAGACUCUGAGGUGGAUGAAAGUGAAUCUGAUUCCGAUUCCAAUUCUUCGGGAGAAGAUUGCACCUCUGUAGAAGAGAUUGGAAUCGAACCUACAGAAGCACAGAAACCGGUGGAAAUUCCAGAUCCAACAAAGUUUUCGGUGUUGAAACAGGAAAUCAGUGAAUAUUGUGCAGUUCAGGAGAAAGUUCAAAUAAUCAUUUCAAUGCUGAAAUCGAGAGCUCAAGAAUUGGAGAAGGACGACGAAGUCAAUGAAGUCUCGAAAGAAGAACAGGAGGCAAAGGUUGAACCGAGUGAAGCUGAAUCUUCAGUGAAGAAUGAACAACCAGAUAUCGAGAUUUCUGAGUUAGAAUCGUUGAAUAAAUAUUACGAGAACUCCGAUGAAGAUGAUGUGGAAGUAAGUGAGCAGAAACCAAAAGAUGAGGAUGAUUCCGAUGUUGAACUAGUUGAAACGGUUGACUCCAAACCGGAUGUAGUUAUCGUUAACACAAGUGCGCUCGACGACGAAACCAAAGAUGAAAAGCUAAACGUGUUUGACUCCAAAGAGUGUGUUCUACCAACAAAGUCCCUGCGAGAUAUCUCCACAACGGAUUUGUUCGAUCCUACAUUGAGUACAAUAAAAUUGGAACCGAUAGUCAAAAAGUGUUCGGUGGUUGAUUCACUAUUCAGUAGGUUCAAUUUGAAAAUUCCUACUUCUCCUCCGAAACCAGCCACGACAACAGUAGACCUCGAAAACGAUGAAGCCACCGGAAGGUUGCGUGAUCGUCGGAAGAUUUCUGUCAAACGCAAUUACGCUGAGGAGGAUGAACCGAAAAAAGUACGCCCGUCGAAAAUAUUCGACAAGAUCCACAAGCAACUCAAUCUUGAUCUCGAGAAUUCAAACUCCAACUCGUCGACGGAGUUCUACGGCUUCGACGAAGGUGAAGUGAUUAAGCUUGACAAACCAAGCGUUCCCGGUCUGCUUCCGACACCGAUUGUCAAAAAAUCCCGCCCCAAUGCACCCUUCUUAGCGCCCGGCACUAUAGCCGAGGACAUCAAGAUCGAAAACCGCGAUGAUCUCUUCCGUGAAGAGGGUUUGAUCUCGUUUGGGUCGCUUCCACCGCGACUCGAAUGUCCUCGGCGUCCGGAUGAUAUGAUCCGGCCUAGGACUGUCGCCCAAAAGCGGAUUCUACUGCAGAAGAAGAACGAUGUACGCUAUCUUAUGAUUGAUAACGAGUCGAAGAUCUUCAACGAGAUCGAGAAGCGAGGCAAAAACAUCGACGUCGAAUUGGAUCAGGAACGGAUGCAGGAACUGCAGGACCAGAACAUUCCUUUCACCAGGGAUACAUGGAAAGCGUUAUCUUGGUUGCGAACCGAAAAAGGGAAAUACUUCUUCCAAACGGCGAGGAUCGACAAUCAUUAUAUCAAGCUGCCCGGCUGUAAAGGCAAUCACCCUGCCAAAAGACUGGGAAGAAAGCAACACUCUACUCCGACCACAAUUAGUCGGAAACAUGUUUGCCAUUGUCCGGAGUAUCCAGCAAAUGUGAAUCUCGAUCUCAGUUUAAUUGAACCUCCGGAAACGAAACCCAUAAAGUUAGAACCGGAAGAACCUUCCCCGGUAGAACCAGAGCCGGAUAAGAAAUUGCUCUGUAACCCCGCACAACUGCCAGUCCGAUCUCAGCCAGGUCCGCUGUCCUCCAAAUUGCGAUACGACUAUGAACUGCUGAACCGCACGGAAGACGGCGCUUAUCUCGGUCCCCUGGAACUGUUCCAAAUGCCAAGUGUUCAGAUCGAGGUGUUUCCGCGCAUCGAUCGUCCGCUGGAUCCCACGGUCAAGCCCUAUCUUAAAAUGAUGCUUCCGUUUCAUGGAAUCACCGAAAAAUGGGCCCGUUUUGCAGUAUCCACGCUGAAAACUCCUGACCGCAAUGAGGAGGACAUCCCGGAAGAGGAUCGGUCGUUCUCUUUCACCAUGCCGUACCUGAACAACCAACGGAGGAUCCUGAUUCGCCGCCGGUUGGUCCCAGUGGACCCUCCGAAAUCUGCAGCCGAAAGUUUGGAGAAGUUCGAGAAGGAAAUGGAGGAACCUCUUGCGUUUCGCAAACAUUUGGAUGAUCCAUCGGAGGGGGACGAGGCGGAAAUUGAUCCCGUGGAAAGAGAAUGCGCCGACGUCUUAUCGGAGCUGACGAACGCGGUUGCCAUUGGUUUGGCGGGGGAUGUUUUCGUUGGGGAAGAUCCAGACUGUGACUACACCAAAGAAGACAAGCCGAUGGAGCGAUCGGCUGGUCAGCAGGACUCGGUGAAAAGCGUAGAGAAUGCGGCCAAGUCGAAACGGAUGCUCCGCGAAAUGAAACGCCUGAAUGCAAAAAUCAUCGAAACCAUUCCGGAGCCAACGCCGCACCCGACCGAGGACAGCAAACCGCGCUGCGACGAACGAUACUGCGCCCGAGGUUGCAUCUGUGAUGUUUUCCACGCCAAGCAUGGAAACGUGACUCGGACACACUGCAGCAAGCUGGAUUGCAUUUUUGGGUGCCAGUGUGGAUACGAAAAGAAGCGUUGCUUGAGCAAGGACGUCAAACCCGACAUCAGCGAGGAGGGUUUGUCGACGCUAACCAACGAAGACGUGAAGUACCUGCGAGAGAAGGCCACCGCGCAGCUGGCCAAAGAGGAGCGCGAUUUUACUCCAACUGUGAUAAUGACCAACAAUAGUACGGUAUUGGUCCGGGAUACGGACGCGGAGACAAGGAGGCACAAGAAGAAGCCCAAAAAGUAUGAGGACUAUUACAAUGAAAAUAGUGUGAAGAAUCUGAUGAACGGCAUUGUCCCAGCAGAGGAAGAACCUCAGGAAACCCCUGUUGAUCGUUGUAAGACAAGCUCUGUUGUUGGGAACCAACCUCUAACCCUAUCCGAUCGAAUACGCCAUACGCACGUGGUACUAAAUAAGCUGCAGGAUAUGGAACAAAUCGAGCCGUGGUGUAUGAUCCACUGUCUGUACCGCUGCUACUGCCAUGGCAAUGCAACCCAGGGAAAACCGUUCAAAUUCAACGAGGAGAGUGACAUUGUGUUACCAACGCCAGUUGUUCCGCCGCCGGAUCCGCUUCUGGUGACAUACGAACCUCGCCGUAGGCGCCUGUACUCAUUCGAAAAAACGGAAACUACAAUUCCAGAAGUCAAAGAACCCUUCCGCAAGCGGGAUAGCUCAGAAGAGUCCUACAAACCGUGGAGCGAAAAGCGAAAGAAAAAGAGGAGAACAGUCGAAGAUCAUCAGUCCCCUGCAACACCGGAAAAGAAGACCAAUGAAGAAUCUCCACAAUCCUCAACGAGAGUUUCGAUUGAAGAUCUACAGAUAAACGAUGGUCAAACAUGCCGACGAGCGAUUCCGGCCAAUAAAAACUUCUACAAAACAAGAAAUUACUACAGGAGAAGUCGCUACUUGAAGGAAAUUGAAGAAUCAAAGCGAAAAAAUCCCAACGCCGAGAAGCGACUCCGAGAGCUACUGCAGAAGUGUGAGAAUACAUUCUUCGAAGAACGAAAACAGGAGCUGGAAGAACUGGCAAGGAAGGCUAUGAAGAACCGAGAACGUCAGCGCCAUUUGAGCGAAGGAGAAAUGGAUGUACGGUAUGCGAAGGAAUCUCCCAAUGAGCCGAUUUAUUACGACAUCGUAGGAACGGAUGCAAAAAUUAAGCAGAAUGUUCUACUCGGGCCUCUGGUGGACCUGAACAAGACUUUGAUCUACUGCGGCAAGAAGAAGUAUUAUGUGGAAACCGAUGCGAUAGCGAACGGAAAAAUCAACCCUGUCAGUAUUGCGCGGAAGUUUAGAAGAACUGUCUGCAUUUUCAAGCGCGUGGAGAGUGAUUCGCGAGCCAAACCAAUAACGUUUAGCUACAGGAACGAAACGAUCAUGUUAAAAGGUCGCAAGUAUCGAUUAAGUGAGCCAUACGAGCAGCGUGCAAAUGAGCACAUCGAUUUCGAUUGUGAAAGUGAUGAUCAUGAUUCCGCUACUUCGUUGGCUACCUUGGAGUCUCCCACGACCAGCGCCGACAAAGACGAUCCCCAGAAAAUAAUGCUGGAUCAGGUGAAUUCCGACAUAAUGCACACUAUGCAGCACAUUCGAGAGAUGAUGCGGAAGAAUACGACACGGCUCAAUCCUCCCAAGAAGGGUAUCCUUUAUUUAUACCGAUGGGAGAAGUUUCUACAGGCGUUCAAUGAAGAUCAAAUAGAAGUAUGGGAUGUUACCUUCCAAAAUGGUUCGGAAUUGGUAAUUCUGACUACGGAGAACACCAGAAAGAACGCUCCGUCGUUCAAGAAUACGAAAUCAGUAAGACUCGCUCGGAAAAGCACCUUCGAUUCUCGUGGCAUAUCGCUUCUCACCAAAAUGGUCCUGCAGCAAAUCGACAAUCGCGAAACGAACAAGCUUUCUUUGGUUCUUUUUGGGACCGAAAAUUAUUGGCGUUUUUGUGGGUUCAUCAAAGCCGACAGUGACUUCGUGGAUAAGGGCUGCGAAGUUCGUCCAACUCCGGUUUCCCAUCCGAAGCUUGCACCAAAAAUUAAUCGCUAUUUCGAAGCAUUCGUUGCCAAUAGGAAAAAGAAUGAAGAAGUGGCGCAGAAAACUCUCCUACACCCGCAACCCAAACCGGUUGAAGUUCCAAAACCAAUCAAAGAGGAAAUUCCAACGGAACCGACGACACCGACACCCACUCCAGUUAUUAUACCCUCGGCGAUAACAAUGGUGAAAUCCAACAUUAAACUAAUGGAAACCAAAAUCAAGGAUUUCAAAAACAUUGCAAUCCCGAACGUGGGCAUGCGACGGUGGUUCAUGCUGAACGUGAAGAACGAUUUCAGCGACAUUUACUUGCCAAGCUGGAAAUCCUGUCUCACCUACAGUCGUAUCAAGCAGGCCAUCGAAUUAGCCAAUCGGUACCGAAAAACCGUGAGGCUAACUUCGAUUGUGCAGAAAAACAAUCAGGAGGACAUCCUGCCUCAAAUCUAUGCCGCACCUAUGCAGGGCGAGUGCAUCUUUCUGGGACCGUACAGCUACACGCAAAACUUUGACUUGAUCCUGUGCCAGAACGUGGACGGCCGGAUGUUCACCAGGGAGGAGUACGAGCGUAACAACCACAUCGUACGGACAGAACAAACGACCGGGUCGUGGCUGUAUAUGAAACCGAAUGUCACAUCGACCACAACAUCGACGGGACUGGUUGCGGAGCAAGAGUCGUCGCAGAAGCAGUCGGAAGAAGUACAUUUUCAGUUCUCACCAACAUCAAGCUCCCCAUCUGCCUCUGACACUCACUCUAACGAUAAUGAUUGUGUUGUUAUCGAUGACGAAGAGGACACCGUUGAAGCGCCUGUCGCCACGCCAGUUCCAGAGGAAGUAAAAGAGAAGACUCCCGAACCUUACUCCAAACCAGAAGAACCACCGUCCAAGAGUCAAAACAACUGCCAGCUGGAAUCUCUCAUCCAUCAGCUCUAUAAUGAUUCCGAUUCUGAUGAUGACGCUCCGUCGGAAACAUCGUCCACCUCCAAAGCUACGACGAGUUCCACCACAAUUACAGCCAAUUCAUCAGAGCGCCAGAAUCUUCCACCAACCCCACAAACCAAAAACCAACUGUCGCUGCUUGUUGAAAAAACCAUCGCUGAAAGCAAACAGCUGCAAAUCAAACCCCCUGCAGAACCUGCACCUCCACCGGCAAAAGUUCCUCCCAUACCCGUUCGACGGAUGUCGUACGUACCGGAGCCUACUUUCGCCACACCAGCGGCCGUCGUCGAGAAGAAAAGGAUGCAAAUACCGCAACGAAGACUAUCUUACAUUCCAACAGCCACCACAGUUGUCUCCUCCCAACGCGGUGGUUUUACAAGACUAACAGAAUUGUACUUGAAGCGCAAAUCCACCGGAACGACGGAAAUUCAAAUCCGGCCUGCAGUCGAAGAGGUGAAGAAACCUCGUGUGUCACUGCCUGCAUCGGUUCCUCCUGCAGAACCUACGAAGGUUCCCGUAGCCGAGGAGAUCGUGUGCUUAGAUGACGACGAUGAUGUUUCCAACACCACACCCAACAAUUCCAAUCAGUCAUCGGCUCCAAAAUCUAAAGCGCCCUCCUGUACGACAGUUCUCAACAGUCAGCAGGCAGCAAUAAUUGCCAGCAAGAUCAACCUUUUGAAUCCCAGUCAAAAAGGAGUGGUCUACAAUCCGUCCACCGGAGUGCUCCGCAUCAAACGGUCCCUGAUGAAUAGCCUGACGGAAGGCACCAGCGUCACAAUUCCAAAUUCGUCGAGCUCUAAACCGGUCUCCAAUUCAACCAUCGUCAGCCAACCGUCAACUUCAUCCAGUGCUAAAGUUUCUCAGAAAACAUCAACGGUUGUAGCUAGCAAGCCGGCCCCUAGCUCAUCAAAAACUCUGCCAACGACCACCGACAAGCCAUUGACCGUUCCAGCAGUCGGAAGACAGAAGCACAUUGAAACACCGAAGGUGCCAACAGAUGGGGUGCUUCGUAGCAACAUCCCUGGCCUUGGAGCGGUUCCAGUAUUGUGGUCCAGCAGUGACAUCAUCAUCAAAGUGCGAGAACUAUCCGUCAAGCAGCAGUUCGUGCGACUUGCUAAUUUUGAAGCGGCUGUCGUUCUCUUGAAUCGGUUCAUUCGGAAGAACACAUACACUUUCAAACCCUUUGCGUUGACCAUUGGAUGGAAGUUCGAGGCUAGAGCCGAGUCGCUGCCGGCGCAGGAGCAACUCAUCAACACCAUCAACCUCAGAUGCGUCGUCACCACCGAUGGAGUUAUCGAUCUGUACAAGGCGAGUGCAAUCAUCGCAUUCCAAAAUACGAAGCCCAACUUCUACGAAGAAUUGCUGCUGCUACGCCUUUCGAUAUUGUGCUGCAAAAAGGAGCAGUACGAAGAGGAACAGUGCCAUAAAUACUUUGAGAACAUUUUCAUUAAGGCCACCAAUGCCAUCAAGGAGCUAUCAGCCGCAUCGGAAGCCCUGACGGCGCAAAGUGACACGCUUCGCGAGCAGCAAAAGGAACGCCGCGCCCUGCUGGACAAGCUAACGGCCAGUCAACCGAACCACGAGGGGCAAUCGACAUUGCAAAUGGUGUCAAAGCGAGUUGCCGUUCCGAAAUCCAUACUGGAUCGUGUGGCCAAGCCUGCCUCGGCUGGGCCGUCAAGUUCAUCAGCGCCGGUGGCACCAGCGGCUAGCCAACAAAAGGAGUCUGUGAUUGUGCUGGAUGAUGAUUAGACAGAGAAUGAUUUAUUUUAUCGUUUCUUGCGAUUGAAAGGUUGACAGAAAUUCAUCUCCCCAGGGGAAGGUGGACUAAGCGUUAUUUAAUGGUAGAUUGAACGAGAGUGUUAGAGUAAUUGUUACUAUCUUCAGUUUUAUUUUGAAGCAUUAUGUCGAAUUUCGUUUAAGACAAUUUUUUGUUCUAAGAAUCGUUGCCCACACAAAUAUUCAUAGGGAGAUUUUAACUAAAUUAAGCGUAUCGAAGUUGUACAUAGGCAAAACUGAGAAAUGGGAUCUCUUGGCGUCAAGCACACACUAAAUUGUCUCGUUUAGAUAGAUGUAUCACUAUUAGCAAGCGAUAGCAAUUGCAUCACAAUAUAAAACAAAACAAACUUUAAA